GCCACGGGACUGAGGCCAAAAGCACAAGCAUUACAGGGAAUAUAAAGCAGGAGCUUACUGGAAAGAAUCACAAACUAACAAGAAAACUGGAGACUGAAACAGACCAGGGUGAUUCCUCAACUGUUCGCUUUUCUGAAAGAGGAACUGCUUUUGGGAGGUGGGAAUGAUGACAGGAGCAAAAAGGAAAAGAAGUGCAGUCUGGAGGAAGAUCCAGGCUGUUCGCUCUGAAGAUAUCAAAGUCUGGUGUAUGAGAAGGCUGCCCAUCUUGAAAUGGGCACCUGUCUACAACUGGAAGGAAAAUUUGCUUCCUGACACGGUUUCUGGGGUGAUGCUAGCCAUUCAACAGGUGACUCAAGGUUUGGCCUUUGCAGUUUUGUCUUCAGUCCAUCCAGUUUUUGGUUUAUAUGGCUCUUUUUUCCCUGUCAUUAUUUAUGCCAUAUUUGGAAUGGGACGUCAUGUUGUGACAGGAACUUUUGCUUUAACUUCUUUAAUAUCUGCCAACGCAGUCGAGCGACUUGUUCCUUCAGCCAGUGCUAAUUUCACUACAAACAAUAAUUCUGGAAUUUUGAGCCUGUCAGAAUUUGAAAUGCAGCGAAUUGGAGUUGCAGCAGCAGUUUCAUUUCUAGGUGGAAUCAUUCAGGUAGCAAUGUUUAUGCUGCAAUUGGGUAGUGCCACCUUCUUGUUAACAGAACCAGUGAUAAGUGCGAUGACAACAGGAGCAGCUACACACGUUGUGACUUCCCAAGUGAAGUAUCUGCUGGGAAUGAAAAUGCCAUAUAUAUCGGGACCACUUGGCUUUUUUCAUAUUUAUGCCUACAUAUUUGAGAAUAUUGGAUCAGUUCAGCUGGAGACUUUACUCCUCUCCUUGCUGAGCAUUGUGGUGCUUGUUCUUGUUAAAGAACUGAAUGAGAAAUUUCAGAGAAACAUUAAAGUUGUUCUUCCCGUUGAUCUACUUUUGAUAAUUGCUACAUCCGUUGCCUGCUACUAUGCUGACAUGGAAUACGUCUAUGGGCUAGAAGUUGUGGGACAUAUUCCUGAUGGGAUACCAUCACCAAAAGCACCACCCAUUAAUGUCCUGCCUGAAGUAGUCACUGAAGCUUUUGGAGUAGCACUGGUGGGUUAUGUAGCAUCAUUAGCUCUAGCCCAAGGCUCUGCUAAAAAGUUCAAAUACACUGUGGAUGACAACCAGGAAUUUUUGGCUCAUGGCCUCAGCAACGUGAUUCCUUCAUUUUUCUUUUGCAUACCAAGUGCUGCAGCGAUGGGACGGACGGCACUUUUAUACAGUACUGGUGCCAAAACACAGGUGGCUUGCCUUAUCUCUUGUGUAUUAAUUCUUGUGGUGAUCUAUGCCAUUGGACCUAUGCUGUACUGGCUGCCUAUGUGUGUACUAGCAAGCAUUAUUGUUGUGGGCUUGAAGGGAAUGCUAAUGCAGUUCCGUGACUUAAAAAAAUAUUGGAAUGUGGAUAAAAUAGACUGGAGUAUAUGGAUUAGUACCUACUUGUUUACAAUAUGCUUUGCUGCUAACGUGGGACUAUUGUAUGGCGUUGUCUGCACUAUAGUAAUUGUGAUUUUCCGCUUUCCCAGAACAAAGACACUGAAUUUGAAAAAUGUUAAAGAAGAGGAAUAUAAAUACAAACCAGAAGAUAAUUGUGAAUCAUUAAACCAGGUAAAGAUAGUUUCAGUCAACAACCCAUUAGUCUUUCUGAAUGCCAGGAAAUUUCAUGCUGACCUGAUAAAGAUAAUCCAAAAGGACAGCACGAACAGCCAGGCAUAUGAAGAUGCAAACAAGUGUGAGCAGAACACAUUGCUCUGUUCAUUUUCCAAUGGAAGCUGUCGUGGUGAGUCAUUGCAGUCAUGUCACAGUGAGCGACAUGUUUUGAUAUUAGACUGCAGUGGACUGAAUUUGUUUGACUACACUGGAGUCUCAGUGCUGCUUCAGAUUUACAUGGACUGUAAAAACAGGCACAUCGAUGUGUUGCUAGCACACUGCAAAGAUUCCUUGAUAAAAGCAAUGCAGUACGGUGGAAAUCUUGAGUCUGAAAAUCCUGUCUUCUUUGAAUCUAUUUCUUCAGCAAUUGAUGCCAUUCAUAUUCACAGGAAUUACAGCAAGUUCAGUGACCAGAGUGAAGUGUGAUGUCAACCCAUUGAAUAUGGCUGGUCUAGUCUGCCCAUAUGCAGAAAGAGAGCUCCCCCACAGUUUCUUCUUAGUGUUCUCCAGGGGAUCUCACAGAUGAUCUUUUGUAUGCCAUAUAUAUUUACUACAUUUAGUAAUGACAAAUCUGCCAUUCAUUAAAAAAAAUUUUCAGCUGCCAUUACUCGGAGAAUGUUCAUACAAUUGUUCUGUACUGGUUUUAUAUAAUAUUUUUAUACACAUUUAGACACAAAUUAUUAGAAAGCAGACAUGAGGUACUGUGUUUAACAGUAAGUUAUAUUCUUUUAGAUAUCUUCUAUUGUAACGUUAGUUGUAAUACGCAUCUGUAGUUUUGUGCAUGAAAUAAUGAGACAUUAUGAAUGCUUAAAACCAGUUUGUUUUAAUUGAUACUGUAUAUGCAGGAAGCCAUGCAGCAGUGCAUAUUCUGUUUCUAAUGGAUUUAUUUCCUUUCUUCUGCUCAAAACAACCAUUUGCAAUAAGAGCAUCAUAUCACAGCAAACGUAUUCUUCCAUUUCUUGUAGAUGGUUUUGUAUGCUUUUUAAGGUCUGCCAAGGUCAGUGUGGGCAGUGUAUAUUCAGACAAGGCAGAUGUAUGUUGACUAAGUGCACCGGAUUUUCUCCCCUCUAGUAAUUGCCAUGAGUUAUUAUUAUGGCUCGUUACAUUUUCAAAGCCACAGGUAUUCUUUAUUUCAUAUCAAAGAGGAAAAACCGGUAGUAAUUUUCCAAAACAUGUUCUUGUUUCCAGCAUAGAGUAGUCAGCAUUUCCAGGUUGAGCUGUGAUUUUUUUUUGCUGGAAUUUUCAGCUUGUGGCAGCUGAGAGAUGACAGUGGGGAGGCACUUAAGGUGCAUGCCACAAUUCAGCCCUGAUUCUGAUGUGUAGUACUGUGUGCAAGCACACAAAUGGGAUGGAGGAAUUAAUGGGCUGAUUAUUUGGCUUGUAAUUAUGGAUUCCCUUCGAUCAUAUCAGAUUAUGCUGUCGUAUCAGUAUCAUGUUGUGUGGCAACAUGUGUGCCUUUUUUCUUCUUGUCUUUGUUGCCAUACGUGAACUCUAGAGGGAAAAUGUGAGGUGAGUAAAAAGCAAUCAAAAAAAGAUGAAGACAAGGAAGUAACUCACUAACUUAAAAAAAGCUAUGGAAGCUAAAAGCUGAAUUAAUAUGGCAUAGCCAUAAUGGCCAUUGUAGUACUACAGAGAGAAGUAUUAAAACAAGAGUGCUUUAUGCAGCUCUAGUGUAUAGGCAAAAUCUAAUGCUAGGCAUCCUCUUUCCAGCAUUGGUUACAUACAUAUGUUUGUCUGGACUCUUCUUGCUCUCUGUGGCCAAAGCAGCUGCCUGCAGUAGAUGAGGUGCCUCAGGAAGUGGUUUUCAUGUCUCUGCACACUUAUGUUAAUGCAUCGAUAGGUUUUUCUUCUGGUCUUGGUGAUUCUGCACUGCUAGAAGACGAUAGGAGAGAACCAUGGGGUUUUUUACCCUUUCAGUUAUAGGUGACUCCUGAAAUUAUUCCCCAUUUGGUCCCACAAAUGACAAGAAGUGUUCUGUACAUGUUUUUCUGAAACUGCUUUCAUAAAUACUAUGUAAAGGGUUGAUUAGUAACUGUGAGAAGCUUGUUAUACACAGGAGAAAUAAGUUCUAUACAUUGUCCCAAGCGCAUUCAUUUCAGAUGCUGUAAUCGAAUGCAAAUGACUCAUUACACCCUCGGACUCAAUAACAGGCUAUAACAUUUGACUAAUAAUUUCCUCAAACAGUUUUAGUAAUUUAUGAACAGUUUAGAAACUAUUUACAUUGUACUUUAAAUGUAGAAGUAUCAAUUUUAUGUCACAGCUGAAUGGAGAUCUCUACUUAACUGUAAACUUAAUAAAUGAAUAAAUCUUAUCUUUUCUACUAA